UUCCCCCGAAUCUCAAUCCAACCAAAAUCAGAAACCCUAAAAAUUCAACUCAAAAUCAAUUUCCGAAAUCCAGAUCUAGAAAAUGUCGGGAAGAGGAAAGGGAGGAAAGGGAUUGGGAAAGGGAGGAGCAAAGAGGCAUAGAAAAGUGUUAAGGGAUAACAUUCAAGGAAUCACAAAGCCUGCAAUUCGUCGUUUGGCUCGUAGAGGAGGAGUUAAGAGAAUCAGUGGUUUGAUCUACGAAGAAACUCGUGGUGUUUUGAAGAUUUUCUUGGAGAAUGUGAUUCGUGAUGCUGUUACUUACACUGAACAUGCUAGAAGAAAGACUGUUACUGCCAUGGAUGUUGUUUACGCACUUAAGAGGCAAGGUCGAACUCUUUAUGGUUUCGGUGGUUAGAUUUGUUUUUCAGUUUGUAAGCUUAGGGUCCGCUUGCUUUAGUUCUAUUUGGUGUUUUCAAAAGGAGAUUUUAAUCUCUAUAUUGUAAUUGUUGAAUUAUUGGUUAAUAUAUAUGAUAGUUAUAAUUUGAGUUCCAA